UCGGUGGGCCGUUCUGUGGAGCUGUCAAUGGUCAAACUUGUCAAGGAAAAAAUGGUGCAGAAAGCAGCGAUGAAAAUUCGUAUCUCAUCAUAAUUUAACCAAUUUCGCACGGUCAGCUUGCGAGAUGCUUCUGUCUGUGCGGUAAUUGUGAGUGUUCUAGUGUUCUGUUUGUUUCCGCACAAAUUCGUAUUGUAAAAGUGGUAAAAAGGGUCCGGGUGCUGCAACCACUCAGGCCAAUUUCCAGGAAGAUUAGCAGCACCAGCAGAGUAUGUUUGCGCAAUAAAUUUCAAGCAUUUUGCUGCAAAAAGUGCAUGAAGCCCCCUCAUCGAUGUUCGAUCGAUGAUGGUGCAUGUCGUUAGGACUUGGCAGCAAGUGCUCGUUUGGAUUGCUUAGGUUUUGUUCGUGGUUUGUACCGAUUACAGCGGAUCAAACGUUGUACUUACACGGGGGCGACAGACGAUCGUGUAUUGUCGACAACGUAAACAUCGCCGCGAGCUGGUCCACUGACCGUAUACGUCACAUUCCGAAGCAAACAUCUUUGGCAAAAGAAGAGGCACACGGUUGCUUCGAAAACAAAAACUUCCGCUGCUUUUAUGAAUUUGUAAUGCCCAGUGUGUAAAUGAUUCGAAAAUUGUUUCUGGAUUGGAUGUCUCUUCAACGCGUUUGACAUAAUCGUGCAAUAUCCUUAAUCUCGCAACCAAUCCGAACCGACCGAUAAAUCUACCUAGACAUAGAGAUAAAAGUCGGUCAAAUUAGAUGUGAUCGAUCGGAUAACAUAGGAUGUUUGCAAAGUUAUUCUAAUUGUGUUACACGUGUCGGUGGGAUUAGCGAGCGACAAGAGACAGAAUGCCAUCAAGUGCAACUCGUGCUGCUGCUGUGUGUGCUGCGUGAAUAAACGUUCUACUAUCAUCUGGGCUAGAGUAUCGUCAGGCCGUGUUAUGUAUGAUCCGUAACUCCCGCUCUGCAGCGUUCAACAUCGCAUAAGCCGAUUGUAGCGCCCGUACGGGUCAAACGGAGCUGAAGAAAGUAAUAGCCGUGCAUUACAUAAGCCAUUCGCUGAACCGAGUCGGUUGGAGCACGCUGACAUAGCCGUUCGCAAGCGACUAAGCUGAAUCGUCCAGAGGACUCGGUAGAAGUGACCAACGUGACGGUAUAUUCAUUAGUCGUUGCAGCAGCACUGAACUGUUACUCCACUCUGAUCGAGGGAAAGAAUCAUUCAUCUACCUUCGCCUGCUACGUCUGUAUGCGUAUGGUGUGAGUGUGCUGAGGCCUUCGAGACGGACGGGACGGUGCGGUAGUUCUGCUCCUUCGGUACUGCAAUAGCUCGGGAAGGGCCCACCAGCGUGGCCCCGAAACUGCUGCGAUGAAAUGCGCUCACCUGCACAACGUCGUGCAGCUCUCGCUGGUAGAGUUGUGCAAGCUGAAAAAGGAUGAAUCAUGUACGGAUUGCGAAACCAAUGGGCCGAAUCUGUGGAUAUGUCUGCAAAAGAAUUGUCUUCAUAUUGGGUGUUCGGAGCAGUACAAGGAUCACAGCACCAUUCAUUUCCAAACGAAUCGAACGCAUUGCAUCCACAUGAAUCUAUCCUCACAACGUGUUUGGUGUUAUCUGUGCGAAUCCGAAUUAUUCCUUACAAAACAACCGAAUUCGCACCAGCACCAGCAGCAGCAACACCAUCAUCAUCAUUACCAUAACCGGCGGUCGUCGGUUGUGAGCAAUGAUUCGAGCGAUAACAGCCGCUACUCGUCGAUGAACAACGACAAGCUGAUUGUACAUGCGGACAAACUGGUGUCGAGUGCAUCCACGGCAUCUGGUUACGGUGGCACAACGACAGGUGAUUCUUGUGAUAGCAGCGGCGAAGAGGAAGAUUUCGAGCGACAUGGCAAAUGGAACGGUUUGGUCGGAUUGCAGAACCUGGCCAACACGUGCUAUAUGAACGCGGCCCUGCAAGCACUAAGCAACAGCCCGCCACUUACCGGGUAUUUUCUGGACUGUGGAGCCAUACUCGAGACCGAUCUGUUGGGCGGUACAAACCCGGCGGUUACCAAGCCGGGUCUGUCGAAGCACUACUACAAGCUGAUUCGAGAGAUGUGGUGUAAGAACCGCCGGUACGUCGUACCCAGUGGCAUAUUGUGUGGAAUCCGCAUCGUACAUCCUAUGUUUCGCGGAUAUCAGCAGCACGACACGCAGGAGUUCUUGCGAUGCUUCAUGGACCAGUUGCACGAGGAGCUGAAAGAAGUUACCGCCCCUCCUCCGCCAGAUGUACUCUCAAGGGAUGCGAUCGAUGAGCUUGAUGAUCAUUCCGACGGACAUCCUUCACCCUGUUCAUCACCGUCGCCAUCGCAGUCGGAGGGAGAGUACGAAACGUGUGACAGCGGGGUGUCGGAACGUUCCAGCCUGUCCGAUGACCAGCUGUCUCCGACCAAGCUGUUGGCAAGCAAGCGUUUCCGCACAUUAUCAUCCCGUUCGCCGAGCCCACCCGGUUCCGGUGGAGACAGCAUUGCAAACCAAAGAAUACUACCAACGACACGAACACGCACCUGUUCCAUCCGGCAGCAUUCACCCGUGGGAAGCAACCGAUCGAACGCCAGUAUCGCUUCGUCCGCCAGUGUGAACAUGGCCGCUUCAAGCAGUCCAGGAACUAGUGGUGGUGGCGGUGGAGGAGGUGGAGGUGCUGGUGAUCCGUCCGACGGUGCCACCGCAAAAGAAAAGCUGCCUCAGCGCUCGAUAAUAAGUGAUAUUUUCGAUGGCAAGCUGCUCUCAUCAGUUCAGUGUCUCACGUGCGAUCGAGUGUCAACGCGCGAGGAAACGUUCCAGGAUCUUUCGUUGCCCAUCCCCGGCAAGGAUCAUCUAGCCGUGCUGCAUCAAACACAGGGCAUGGGUUCGUCGGGGUCAGUAUCCAGCCUUUCUCCGGGUACGGUUGGAAGUGGAAGUGGUGGCACGUCGAGCGGUAGCGGCCUUGGAGCGAGCUCGAGCGGUGGAUCCAGUGGUAGUGCAAGCAGUGGCAUUACCUGCUCGGACGCUGUAUAUCCAGUAAACGGUGACAGCUGGCUGUGGUGGUUCUGGAACUUACCGUUUUGGAGCUGGGUACGGUCGUGGUUCUGGGGCCCGGCCGUGACACUGCACGACUGUAUGGCGGCUUUCUUCAGCGCAGACGAGCUGAAAGGUGACAACAUGUACAGCUGUGAGCGGUGCAACAAGCUGCGCAAUGGUGUGAAAUAUUCGCGCGUGCUUGCCUUGCCGGAGAUGCUGUGUGUACAUUUGAAGCGUUUUCGCCACGACCUUUCGUACAGUUCCAAAAUUUCCAGCCCAGUCCAUUUCCCGCUGUACGGGCUGGACAUGAGGCCGUACCUGCACAAGGACUGUAGGUCGGAAGUAACUUCUUACGAUCUGUGCGCUGUCAUUUGCCAUCACGGUACGGUUGGCGGUGGGCACUACACGUCUUUUGCAAAGCACGACCCAACCGGCAAGUGGUUCGAGUUCGAUGAUCAGCUGGUCACGCAGGUUACGCCAGAACACGUCCAAAGCUGCGAGGCGUACGUUCUAUUCUACCGAAAAAACAACGCAAAGAUGGCCACGGUACGAGCGCAGGCAAGCAAUCUGCUAGCGAUGCAGGAACACGCGUCUGACAUUCGCUUUUACGUGUCACGUAAUUGGCUUCAUCGCUUCAACACAUUUGCCGAACCGGGACCUAUCGACAACUGGACGUUGCUCUGCCCGCACGGUGCAUUCCCACCAAACAAGGCGUCCCACUUCUCCAAGUUGGUCGUGCCAUUUCCACAGGCCCUGUGGGACUUUUUGUACAAAAAAUUCGGCGGUGGGCCGGUGUGCAACCACCUGUCAACGUGUAAUAUCUGCAAAAAGGCUGCCGAAACGCUGUCUCGGCGGCAGCACUACGAGCUGGAAACGUUUACCGCGUUCAAUGAUGAUUUUCAGUUCAACGAUACACCAACCACAAUUUAUGCGAUCUCGAUGGCCUGGUUCAGACAGUGGCAGCUGUUCGCUCGCGGUCUUACAACUGACGACCCGGGACCAAUUCAAAACAAAUCAAUCGCCAUACAGGGUGACACCAGCGUGCCACUUCGAAAUGUACGCCCGUUCUCUGACUAUGCACAGAUCAACGCGAACCUGUGGCACUUUUUCCACGGCAUAUACGGCGGUGGUCCUGAAAUUGUUUUACAGGGUAAUCCUGUUCCACCACCAGUUGCUGUAACGAAAAUGCAUCAAUCGCAGGAGGAACAUCCAGCAAAACCGCAUCAACAGCAGCAACAGCAUCAUUCGCAACAGCAACAACACAAGGAGCAAUCUACUGAAUCCAUGGAUGUUUCGGACGAAGGAUCGAUAACCAACGCUAAGCAAACGGACCAAGAUUCUGCAAUCGAGGUAACCAUAACUGAACCGUUGCCGACACCACAACAGCAACAUCACCCUGCUUCGUCGAGCGCCGGCAACAUGAAUGUCUCCUUGACCAGCGUUGGAACGACAAAUGCGCGGCCACAGAAAAGUGUUUCGUUUGAGGAUAAAGAUGCCUACCACGAUGAAGACAGUAGUGGUGACGAACUGCCGGAGGAUGAUGUACCCAGUUCCACAAAGCAGCAAAUAUUCGUUUCAUCUGCUGGAGCGAGUAAGCGAAAAUCACAACCUAAGUCCGGCAUGGGAUCAUCAUCAUCUCGACGUAAUGAAUCGGGGGGAAAAACAGCUGGUGGUUCUGACACUGGUCCGGCAACAACGAAACGCAAGCAACAUGUAACAAGUAGCAAGCAUCACCAUCAGCAUGAAGCAACGCCUCCAGUUGCUAUGAAUGGGGGAGAUUGUGUAGGCAAUGCAGCAUCGGUGGCGGUUACCGCCGCCGCACAAGGGGUCGAGCAUUUGGAAAUAGGCACCAAGAAGGAUCGACGGUUUAAGGCAAGCCUCAUGAAAGCAUAUGGUUUCUUUGGCCCCGAAGGAACAUAUCAAACCUCUUCUAUUGAUCAUUCUAAUGGAAGCGAUAGCUUCGGGAACGCCAGUUCGACGCUUCCGCGUGCAGAAUCCUUAUCCUUUCAUACGGCCACGAGUUCCGCUACCGGCAUAAAUGGACGAACCGUCGCGAGCUCAUCUUCAGUUCCCGCGUUCGUUGGGCAAUCGGUGGAAACGUCUGCAAUGUCGGGCACUCCAAACAAAAUGACCAUCCAGGAUGUGACCAUGGUGCUCGCACCGUUGCCACAACCGAUCGCCAACGAUUCGUCGAGUUCUACUCCUAGCGUUGCAAACAUGCACGAGUCAACCAACGAAUUGCUUGAGGAUAACAACGACAGUAAAACUGGCAGCAGUUCGUUAGCCUCGACCACUUCCAGUGCCAAAAUGUAUCAGCCGCAUACAUCAUCAUCCCGCAAGGGACACCACCGCUAUGCCGACAGUGGUGCCUCAGACGCACAGUCGGAUUCUGUAACGGAGAAGAUUACUGGGGGAAUGCCUUUCGGUCGACGGAAGCUUAAGAUGAAGUACAUGAAAAAGCUAACCGGCAGAAAGGCGGGCAGCAGCGGAGGCCGUGGACGGAACGGCGCAGUAGUUGACGGUGAUAUCGGCACUGAUGACGGUGACGGCUCGGUAGUGCCGUUAGUGCUUAACGGCCUUGGUGACGGAUAUGCAGCUGGCGAAGGAGAAAGUGUGAAAUGAGACAGGCUGCGUCGUUUCCGCUUUCCAUCGCUACGAUGAAGAACAUGUGCGUGUAUGUCGUACUGCGAGGGAAGGUGGAACUAACAACAGAUGCGCAUUAUUUUUCCGUUUUAUAAUUCGUUCCGAUUUUCGUUUAUAUUGGACCUGGUGGAAGCAGAAUAUUCAUGGUGUGUGUUUGUGUCGAAUAAGAAUUCCAUUUUAUUCAUUUGUUCGUUACUGCCCGCUGUGUUUCCAAGAUUGGUAUAUUAGCCUGUUUACUUUUUAAAUAUGGGUGGGUUAAAGAUACGCUCGGUGCUUACGUAAGCAGCAAGGAUUUGUUUCGAUAUUUAUAUUUAUUUAAGCAACGGUUUAUGUUAUCGGACGAUAUUCUGGAGACGCAUGAUUAAGUAUAAAAGAAAGCCUUAACAUUAGCAUGGGUUUCGUAAGGCUACGUAUCAGUACUAUAGGUACGCAAUUUUAAGUUCUGCUGGCUUAUUGCUAUUGCUCACCAGGUUCUUAUUACAUCCAUGGUUCAGUUUCGUUCGUUCUGUUAUGGGUUUAUGUCCUAAUGUUGGAGAAUGUGAAAGGUUAUAAACCGUAGCAAAGCAUCGAGCCAAACACCGAAAAUAGUGGGAAAGGACUCGACAUGGCGAAGUUUGAUUGUGCAUAUAGUUGUGAAGCCAAAACUAGGAAGAAAUCGGUUGAAGCAAAGAAGAUUAACUCAUUCAAAAAGCAAUUAGUGAUUCAUAUAGACUAAACUAGUUUACACGCGCCCAAUACACCAUUAUAGCACUUGGUGUGGUGGUGUUAGGCGAAACAGAAAAAAGCAAAUUACACCCUAGUAUAAACCAUAGUUCAGACUUCCUUACCUUUGACAUCUGGAAUUCACGUAUGCACUUAGUGUACGAAACUUCGGAAAGAAAGCCAAACUGUUUGGAAGAAGUAUGUCGUAAGCAAAUCGAAUUGUAACUGCUGCAAAAUUGGGAAAUUGGCGUGAGAUACGAUACUAUUUAAGUGUUAUAUAAGUUUCGUUUUGUGAUUAAAAUUUAUUCUUUAUAGAAUUACGAUUCGAAUGUUCUACUUCACCACCAUUGGGCGGCUUUGACAGCACGUUCCGAUAGUUUCUUAUUCGGGUGAUUCGGCUCUACGCGAGUGAUUGCAUUUCUGGGGUGGUAUUUCUUGAAGGUUUAAGGUUGAGGUUAACAUAGUGAAUAGACCGUAGAGUUUAUGCAUAGAACCAGCAGGAUAAGUGACCCUAGUGACAAAUUCGUGCCCGGGUUUAAUGGGUUAGAGGCAAUUUUGGGCCAGCUGCAAGAGCUGUGUUUAUAAACUCUGAAGCGUUUUGCGUUCCAGUUGCUUGCACUUAUUGACAUGAAUAAAACAGGCUACAAACUACAAAGUUUACCAAUUCCAAAGAAAA